AUAGACGCGGGUGUCGUUUUGCAGAGAAAGAAAGAAGGAAGAAAUUGCCUGAUGGGCAUGAUGCCUUAUGUCAGUAUCUUGCUCCAACUUUAUAGUAAAUCCUAAGAAUCCCAAUUCCAAUUCCCCAAAAAUAUCAGUUUACUAUUCUCAAUUCCUUAGAUAAGACCUUGUAGAUUCUCACUUUGUCACUACUAUACUAAUUUACUAUAUUACUCAUAGAUGAUGAUCAUCAUCAGCUAUUAUUAAUAAUUUUUCUUUUUUUUCUUUCUAGCUUUCCUUUUUUUGAUAGGAAUGAUUUUUGCUUAAAUUUCAAGUUAAGUUUAUGGGAUUUUGAGAAAAUUGUUGACUUGGAGGAAUAAGUUUGGAGCAGUUACAGUGUGAACACUACUUGCAGUAUUGGAAUUUGCUUUUAAAUGCAAAAGCAAAGUUUUUUUGUUUAAUUUAGGGGGGGAAAGGAAUUAGACCGAGAAUAAUUGAAGGGGAAAAAAGUUGAUCAUAUAAAGAUCCAAGCUUGGGGCAAUUGCCAGAUAUGCUUUUUCCAUACAUGAUAAUUGACCGAGUAUGAUCAGUUCAAUCGAGGUCUCCUAUGUAGCACGGCCAUGGAUAUAGAGAAACGGGACACUUGACCACGGAUACGGCGAAACUGUGUUAUUUUUAGGGUCUCCUAUGUUAAAAAUGAAGUUUUUUUUCACAUCCAUAAUGCCAAGUUUCUGACACGUAUCCGGGAAACACUGAUUGAAUGGAAAUGGCAACUUUGGUGGACCCUCCUAACGGAGUACGGCAACGAGGGAAGCAUUACUACUCAAUGUGGCAAAGUUUGUUUGAGAUUGAUACGAAAUAUGUUCCCAUCAAACCAAUAGGUAGAGGGGCAUAUGGUAUAGUUUGCUCUUCGAUUAAUAGGGAAACUAAUGAGAAAGUUGCAAUCAAGAAAAUUAACAAUGUGUUUGAGAAUAAGAUAGAUGCUUUAAGGACUCUAAGAGAGUUGAAACUUCUGAGGCAUAUUCGGCAUGAGAAUGUGAUUGCUAUAAAGGAUGUUAUGAUGCCUGCUCAUCGCGCAAGUUUCAGGGAUGUCUAUAUGGUUUAUGAACUCAUGGAUACAGAUUUGCAUCAGAUCAUCAAAUCCUCACAACCACUUUCUAAUGAUCAUUGCAAGUAUUUCAUAUUUCAGUUGCUUCGAGGGCUAAAUUAUCUUCACUCAGCAAACAUCCUCCACCGUGACUUGAAGCCAGGAAAUCUCCUCGUCAAUGCAAACUGUGACUUGAAGAUAUGUGAUUUUGGAUUGGCAAGAACCAGCAGAGGCAAUGAACAAUUCAUGACCGAGUAUGUGGUAACCCGCUGGUAUCGAGCACCUGAGCUGCUCCUCUGCUGCGACAACUACGGUACCUCUAUUGAUGUCUGGUCUGUGGGAUGCAUCUUUGCUGAGAUUCUUGGCCGUAAACCUAUCUUUCCUGGAAAAGAGUGCAUGAACCAGCUUAAGCUGAUCAUAAAUGUUCUUGGCAGCCAACAAGAUGCUGAUAUUUUGUUUAUCGAUAACCCCAAAGCUCGGAGAUAUGUCAAAACUCUUCCUUACUCUAGAGGAACCCGCUUCUCCCAUUUGUACCCUCAAGCUGAUCCAUUAGCCAUAGACUUGUUGCAAAGGAUGUUGUUGUUUGAUCCAUCAAAGAGAAUUACGGUCACAGAAGCACUUCUUCAUCCUUACAUGUCAGGGCUGUAUGAUGCAAGACGCAAUCCACCUGCACAGGUCCCUAUUGAUAUCGACAUAGAUGAGAACCUGGGUGAAUCUAUGAUCAGGGAAAUGAUGUGGAAUGAGAUGCUUCUUUACCACCCCGACUCAGUGUCGGACGAUGCUUAGGUAAUGCAGAUUUGAUCUCGUCUUGUCUUAUUAUAAUCUAUAACUGUCCAAUAGACGAAUGGUUAUUGAAAUUGGCGUGCUAAGCUUAACAAUCGCAACAAGUUUUUUCUUUAGUUGCUCUAGUUUCAUUCCUAGGAGAUGAGGUCUCUAUAGCUUGUAAAUAGGUUUCGCUGCAAUAUGUAAUUUACAAAUUCAUAUCUACUGACAUAUUCAGUUGAUUAAAUGCAUGGUUAUGCUUGAGUAUUUAUGUAAUCUCUUUCGACAUCACGAAAUGAAUUAUUCAUUAACCAUUUA